GCGUUUCCUUAAACAAAUACGCACAGAUCAUACCAGAGGCACAGAGGGAGGGAGAACACGUUGCAACUUUAGCUAUGGCUUCCAUUACCGUUGCAUCCACAUUCCUGGCCAGUUCCUCGGCUUCCGCCAUGAGCAAACGCCACAUCCCUGCCUCCCGCAGAGUCCUCAGCGUUGUGGCCAAGGCCUCGACAAGGGCUAUCGAGGUGCCAGCAGAGGCUGAGAAAAGCAGCCGUGGGCGGAGAGAACUGGUCUUUGCUGCCACGGCGGCGGCAGCUGCUGCCCUCACCAGGGUUGCUGUGGCUGAGGACGAGCCCAGGGCAGGGACUGCCGAGGCCAAGAAGAAGUACAACCCUGUCUGCGUCACAAUGCCCACGGCGCGGGUCUGCCACAACUGAAACGGCGUUUUAAAAUUAAUUUGUAUGUGCUGUCAGACAUGGUCAAUGAUUUUAAGAGUCGUAUGGUUGAAAGUUCGUCUCGAACCAUAAUUUAUCGUCUUUGCUUCUGAUUCUGGUGCUA